CAGCAUCACGGUUCGAAUGUCAAACUCAUUGCAGCUACAACAUCGGUAGCCACCUUCGUUGUUCUGGUGACCACUGCACUCUAUCUUUUACUGAAGAAAAGAUAUAAUGAAGAAAUACAUUUGAAAGUUGAGAUGUUUCUCAAGACAUAUGGCACCUCCAAACCCACAAGGUACACUUUCUCUGAAGUUAAGAAGAUAGCAAGACGGUUCAAGGAAAAAGUAGGCCAGGGUGGAUUUGGAAGUGUUUACAAAGGACAGCUACCAAAUGGUGUACCAGCGGCCGUCAAGAUGUUAGAGAACUCUACAGGCGAGGGAGAAGAUUUCAUCAACGAAGUAGCAACCAUUGGACAAAUCCACCAUGCAAAUAUUGUCCGCCUCCUGGGAUUUUGCUCUGAAGGAACAAGACGCGCGCUUAUUUACGAAUUUAUGCCUAACGAGUCAUUGGAGAGAUAUAUAUUCUUGCAUGAUUCCAGUAUUUCCCAAGAGCUUCUAGUACUUCACAAAAUGCUAGAGAUUGCUAAAGGCAUUGCUAGAGGAAUGGAGUACCUACAUCAAGGAUGCAACCAGCGCAUCCUCCAUUUUGACAUCAAACCUCACAACAUCUUGUUAGACUACAGCUUCAAUCCAAAAAUUUCGGAUUUUGGCCUUGCUAAGUUGUGUGCAAGGGACCAAAGCAUUGUUACCUUGACUGCAGCAAGAGGCACAAUGGGCUAUAUUGCCCCAGAGAUAUAUUCUCGGAAUUUUGGUGGGAUAUCAUACAAGUCAGAUGUUUACAGUUUUGGCAUGCUGGUGUUAGAGAUGGUGAGUGGACGAAGGAACUCAGACCCUGGUAUUGAGAACCAAAACGAGGUUUACCUCCCACAGUGGAUCUACGAGAGAGUAAUCGCUGGGCAAAACCUGGUACUUAAUAGGGAUACUACAGAAGAGGAGAAAGAAAAGGUGAAGCAGAUGGCCAUUAUGGCACUCUGGUGCAUUCAGUGGAACCCCCAAAACCGUCCAUCAAUGACAAAGGUGGUAAACAUGCUAACAGGAAGGUUGCAGAAUCUACAUAUACCACCUAAGCCGUAUAUCUAGUCUAAAUCUGAAUGCCAUCCUAUGACAUAAAACAUGGAGGUCUUUUUUUUUUCAAGUGUACCGUGAUUUAGCAAGCAUGGUCAGGAGUUAUGCUUAAUUUCACAUGUGAACAUCUGAACAUUGUAAUGCAUAGACAUAGAAUGUAUUUAGAUCAUUCCACUGUAUCACGUCGCAUGAGUGUGCCUUUGUCAGUCUUUGCUGUGUAAUAACUUAAUCUGAAACAUAUCACAUCGAAUUUGAUUUCCAGUGUCAUGGUU